AGCCGCGGGGAAUUCUCACCUGGCCGUCCCCAACCUGCGCGCGACACCCGCCGGGCGGGAUCCCUUCCGAAAGCUGGUCCGAGCGGCGUCGGGACCCGAGCUGCCGUUUCCGAAGCGAUUCUCAUACACCUUGGAAUUUGGCGGAGGGAAGCCCGACGGGAGAGAGGCGAUCUUCAGCGAGGCAGGCAGGCCCCGUCCGGGGAUCUCAGAAACCCUGCGGUUCGUCAUGAAGUUCCAGUAUAAGGAGGACCAUCCCUUUGAGUAUCGGAAAAAGGAAGGAGAAAAGAUCCGGAAGAAAUACCCGGACAGGGUCCCUGUGAUCGUGGAGAAGGCUCCCAAGGCCAGAGUGCCUGAUCUGGACAAGAGGAAGUACCUAGUGCCCUCUGACCUCACUGUUGGCCAGUUCUACUUCUUAAUCCGGAAGAGGAUCCACCUGCGACCUGAGGACGCCUUAUUCUUUUUUGUCAACAACACUAUCCCUCCCACCAGCGCCACCAUGGGCCAGCUGUAUGAGGACAACCAUGAGGAAGACUACUUUCUGUAUGUGGCCUACAGUGAUGAGAGUGUGUAUGGGAAAUGAGUGGUGGAAGCCCAGCAGAUGGGAGCACCUGGACUCGGGGGUAGGGGAGGGGCGUGUGUGGGACUUGGGGGAGAGAAGGGGGGCUCCCACCAUGGAGGAGACAGAAGGUGAAGACAUCUGGAAACACUGCACACACCAUCAUCAUAUUUUCACCUGCUCAAUUGAUAUUUUUUGCUGCUUCCUCGGCCCAGGGAGAAAGCAUGUCAGGACAGAGCUAUGGAUUACUUUUGCUCGAGGAAUGGAGAUGAUGUAAUUUCACAGCAUUGCUGCGAAUUUUUGUGUGAUUUUUUUCGUAGAAGAGUCAGGAGGUGGGCACGUUGGGGCCAGAGAUGAUUGUGGACCAGCAUCAACUUUCGGCUCUCCCUUCUCUUUGGGCAGAGAUUCUCUUUUUGACAUUUGCACAAGACAGUUGGGGGGAAGGAGAUGGGAAUAUUUUAGGACGACUGGUAGUGGACCAUUCCUGGGGACCAAAAGAGACACAUUGUAAUUAAAACAUUGUAUCCUAUCUUCUCACCUCCUCUCUCCACCUCAGUCAUGAUCUCACACACAGACAUCAAAGCACCACCCCAGGGGUGGUGGUAGACAUCAGACAAAUUUAGAUGUAGCUCUCUUUCAGAAAAUAGGGGCCAGUCGUGAAGGACAUUGUGAUGAUGCAGAUAGUUUUGAUAGCAUUAACUGGAAUUGAUGGUUUUCAACAUCUCUGCCUAACCUGCUCUCUCUGGUGCCCCUUAUCCCACACCUACUGUGGACUUUAAUGAGCCUCAGCCAUUUCCAGUUACAGACUCAAUGGAUGUCCCCCUCCCUUCUGUCCCUUCCCUCUCACACGCACAGAAAUGCUAAGUGAUAGCCAGCUGCCUCCCUCCUGGGGUUUUCAUUUACUGCAGCUGUUAGGUAGG